AGUCGCGCCGGCGGCUGGACGGGAGCGGAGCGGAGCCGCGGCGCGCUGCCUGCCCGCCCCGUCCGGACCCAUGCGCUGAGGGGCCGCGGGAUGGGGCUGCGGGGCGGUGGCGGCCGUGCCGGGAGGCCGGCUCCCGGCUGGACGUGCCUGCUGCUGUGCGCCGCGCUCCGGAGCCUGCUGGCCAGCCCGGGCAGCGAGGUGAAUUUACUGGACUCACGCACAGUAAUGGGGGAUCUAGGAUGGAUAGCCUACCCAAAAAAUGGGUGGGAAGAAAUUGGUGAGGUGGAUGAAAACUAUGCUCCGAUACACACAUACCAAGUAUGCAAGGUAAUGGAACAGAAUCAGAACAACUGGCUUCUGACCAGCUGGAUCUCUAAUGAAGGGGCGUCCCGCAUCUUCAUUGAACUCAAAUUCACCCUGAGGGACUGUAACAGCCUUCCAGGAGGACUUGGGACUUGCAAGGAGACUUUUAACAUGUACUACUUUGAGUCAGAUGAUGAAGAUGGGAGGAACAUCAGAGAGAAUCAGUACAUCAAGAUAGAUACCAUUGCUGCUGAUGAGAGCUUCACGGAGUUGGACCUCGGCGACAGAGUUAUGAAGUUAAACACAGAAGUGAGAGAUGUUGGGCCUCUAACAAAAAAAGGAUUUUACCUUGCUUUCCAGGAUGUGGGCGCCUGCAUUGCCCUGGUCUCUGUGCGUGUGUACUACAAGAAAUGCCCAUCAGUGAUCCGCAACCUGGCACGCUUUCCAGAUACCAUCACAGGAGCAGAUUCCUCGCAGCUGCUAGAAGUGUCAGGCGUCUGUGUCAACCACUCAGUGACUGAUGAGGCACCAAAGAUGCACUGCAGUGCUGAGGGAGAAUGGCUGGUGCCCAUCGGGAAGUGUUUGUGCAAGGCAGGGUACGAGGAGAAGAACAACACCUGCCAAGUAUGCAGACCUGGGUUCUUCAAAGCUUCACCCCACAGUCCAUCCUGCAGCAAAUGUCCCCCUCACAGCUACACGCUUGAUGAAGCAUCCACAUCUUGCCUGUGUGAAGAGCACUAUUUUAGGAGAGAAUCAGACCCACCUACAAUGGCCUGUACAAGACCCCCCUCUGCUCCUCGGAGUGCCAUCUCAAAUGUUAACGAGACUAGUGUCUUUCUGGAAUGGAUUCCCCCUGCUGAUACUGGUGGAAGGAAAGAUGUGUCUUAUUAUAUUGCAUGCAAGAAGUGCAACUCACACUCAGGUCUGUGCGAGGCAUGUGGCAGUCAUGUCAGGUACCUCCCCCAGCAAACCGGCCUGAAAAACACCUCUGUCAUGAUGGUGGAUCUGCUUGCUCAUACAAACUAUACCUUUGAAAUUGAGGCAGUGAAUGGAGUGUCCGACCAGAACCCUGGAGCCCGGCAGUUUGUGUCUGUAAAUGUAACCACAAACCAGGCAGCACCUUCUCCAGUCAGUAGUGUGAAAAAAGGGAAGAUAACUAAAAAUAGCAUCUCCCUUUCCUGGCAGGAGCCAGAUCGACCCAACGGCAUCAUCCUGGAAUACGAAAUCAAAUAUUUUGAAAAGGACCAGGAGACAAGCUACACCAUCAUCAAAUCCAAAGAGACCGCAAUUACGGCAGAUGGCUUGAAACCAGGCUCAGCGUACGUCUUCCAGAUCCGAGCCCGGACAGCUGCUGGCUACGGUGGCUUCAGUCGAAGAUUUGAGUUUGAAACCAGCCCAGUGUCAGUAGCUGCAUCCAGUGACCAGAGCCAGAUUCCUAUAAUUGUUGUGUCUGUAACAGUGGGAGUUAUUCUGCUGGCUGUUGUUAUCGGUUUCCUUCUCAGUGGAAGUUGCUGCGAUCAUGGCUGUGGGUGGGCUUCUUCUCUGCGUGCUGUUGCCUAUCCGAGCCUAAUAUGGCGCUGUGGCUACAGCAAGGCUAAACAAGACCCAGAAGAAGAAAAGAUGCAUUUUCAUAAUGGCCACAUUAAACUGCCUGGUGUAAGAACCUACAUUGAUCCCCACACCUAUGAGGACCCUAAUCAAGCUGUCCACGAGUUUGCCAAGGAAAUAGAAGCUUCGUGCAUAACCAUCGAGAGAGUUAUCGGAGCUGGUGAAUUUGGAGAAGUCUGCAGUGGACGGCUGAAACUGCAGGGAAAACGCGAGUUUCCAGUGGCUAUCAAAACCCUGAAGGUGGGCUACACAGAGAAGCAAAGGCGAGAUUUCCUGGGAGAAGCGAGCAUCAUGGGGCAGUUCGACCACCCCAACAUCAUCCACCUGGAAGGUGUCGUCACAAAAAGCAAACCUGUAAUGAUAGUAACGGAAUACAUGGAAAAUGGUUCUCUGGAUACAUUUUUAAAGAAGAACGAUGGGCAGUUCACGGUCAUUCAGCUGGUCGGGAUGCUGCGAGGCAUCGCAUCAGGGAUGAAGUACCUGUCUGACAUGGGUUACGUACACAGAGACCUCGCUGCCAGGAAUAUCCUCAUCAACAGCAACUUAGUCUGCAAGGUGUCUGACUUUGGCCUCUCCAGAGUCCUAGAAGAUGAUCCUGAAGCAGCGUACACAACCAGGGGAGGGAAGAUCCCCAUCCGAUGGACGGCACCUGAAGCAAUCGCCUUCCGCAAAUUCACGUCGGCCAGCGAUGUGUGGAGCUACGGCAUUGUGAUGUGGGAAGUGAUGUCCUAUGGCGAGAGACCUUACUGGGAAAUGACAAACCAAGAUGUGAUUAAAGCCGUGGAGGAAGGCUAUCGCCUGCCAAGUCCCAUGGACUGCCCUGCUGCUCUCUACCAGUUGAUGCUUGACUGCUGGCAGAAAGACCGCAACAGCAGGCCCAAGUUUGAUGAAAUUGUCAGCAUGUUGGACAAGCUCAUCCGUAACCCAAGCAGCUUGAAGACGUUGGUUAAUGCAUCGAGCAGAGUAUCAAAUUUGUUGGUAGAACACAGUCCAGUGGGGAGCGGUGCCUACAGGUCAGUGGGUGAGUGGCUGGAAGCCAUCAAAAUGGGUCGAUACACCGAGAUUUUCAUGGAGAAUGGAUACAGUUCGAUGGAUUCUGUGGCUCAGGUGACCCUAGAGGAUUUGAGGCGGCUGGGAGUGACACUUGUUGGUCACCAGAAGAAGAUAAUGAACAGCCUUCAAGAGAUGAAGGUCCAGUUGGUGAAUGGGAUGGUGCCAUUGUAACUCGGUUUUUAAGUCACUUCCUCGAGUGGUCGGUCCUGCACUUUGUAUACUAGCUCUGAGAUUUAUUUUGACUAAAGAAGAAAAAAGGGAAAUUCAGUGGUUUCUGUAACUGAAGGACGCUGGCUUCUGCCACAGCAUUUAUAAAGCAGUGUUUGACUGAAGUUUUCAUUUUCUUCCUAUUUGUGUCCUCAUUCUCAUGAAGUAAAUGUAACAUGCAUGGAACAUGGAAAUGGAUCUACUGUACAUGAGGUUACCCAAUUUCUUGCGCUUCAGCGAUGACAACAGCAAGCCUUCCCACCACAUGUUGUCUAUACAUGGGAGAUAUAUAUAUAUGCAUAUAUAUAUAUAGCACCUUUAUAUACUGAAUUACAGCAGCAGCACAUGUUAAUACUUCCAAGGACUUACUUGACUAGAGAAGUUUUGCAGCCAUUUGUGGGCUCACACAAGCUGCGGUUUACUGAAGUUUACUUCAAGUCUUACUUGUCUACAGAAGUGUAUUGAAGAGCAAUAUGAUUAGAUUAUUUCUGGAUAGAUAUUUUGUUUUGUAAAUUUAAAAAAUGCUGUUACACAGCGUUAAGUUAUAGAGACUAGUGUAUAAACAUGUUGCUUGCUCAAUGGCAAAUACAAUACAGGGUGUAUAUUUUUUUCUCUCUGUGUUGCAAAGUUCUUUUAGUUUGCUCUUCUGUGAGGAUAAUACGUUAUGAUGUAUAUACUGUACAGUUUGCUACACAUCAGGUACAAGAUUGGGGCUUUCUCAAUGUUUUGUUCUUUUUCCCUCUUUUGUUUCAUUUUGUCUUCCUUUUGUGUUAACCACUAUGCUUUGUAUUUUUGCUGCUGUUUGGUUUGAGCAACAUAUAAAGCUUUCAGGUGUUUUGAUUAUAUAUAUGAGGUUGAAGGAGUCUGCUUAAAUAAAGAACACCAUUCUCCGCUGUGGGCUGGGGAUGUCCCGAAGAGGAAAAGUAAACUGGGAGUUAAAUCAUCCAGCUCUCAUCAUCCCUCAGCAGCAUUGCGACAUCUGUUUUCUUUGUGUGUUUGAUAACUUGCGCCUGGUGUGCCCCUUUCUGGAAAGAGAAGAUGUGCGUGGAAUGCAUCUGUGUCAGCGUUUAAACCCAGUAUUGUCACAAGGUAGUCUUUGACCUGCUCCCUUGCUUUCCUUGCUGCAAACAUGCACCCUUCAAGGCCAGGAGAGAAACCACCACGUGUUGUUAGCUAAAGAAAGGGAUUUUGCUGUUCCUCUUCUCCUUACAGGAGUCAAGUCCUGGAGGUGCAGUGUGGAUGCAUCUCCCCUACCAUCCAGCAUGGAGACUUCACAGCAUUUUCCAAAACUGUAGCCAGGAAAAUGAGGGAUGAAAUUAUUUUGGGAACUGCACCGUUCCAUAUUGUUUUGUGGGUAUUUUCAGCUUAGACAACUUCCUCAUCCCUUGGGAAAGUUGGGCAGGUCAGCUGCAAAACACUGAUUCAUCUCACAGAAAUGGGUACAGACCUGACCACUGUGGGGCAGAGCACAGAGAGGAGCGCAGAAGAGAGAGCAGCCCAACAUGGUCAUGGUGUUGGCGUGCCAUGGUGAAGAUGAUCUGUCUGAAGCUGACACUACUUAUGUCAGCACUUGGUUGUAAUCGGGGGUCAAUGUGUACACUGCAAUUUGAAGAUGAUGUUUUCAGGGGGACCCAAAGGCCGCAAUGAGAUGUCGAGUCCUUGAAAUCUCACCAAGAAACAACUUGGGGCUCUUCUCCUUUAGCUGUAGAUGGGAGUAAUCAGCGCAGUUAAUUCAGUAUUCAUAGGUUGUUUUGUGAAGCUUUGGUAAAGAUAAGGAUUAAAGAAUCGCUCAGCAGAUGGCAAGUGUUUACUGUAGAUAUAUUGCUUCCUUAGAGGUGUUGGAUAGCAUCUUCCUUGAUAAUAACAUCGACGUAUUGACUUACUGUGUUUCCCCUUGUCCCCUGGCACUGCAGAGUAGAGCCUGCGCACCUCAUCUAAUGCCAAAAGGCAACCAUUUUCCUUCUCCCCUUGCAGAACCAUGUGUUGAACGCCACCUCAGCUGGUUUUAAAGGUCUUUCUUCAAUUUCCUCAAAGCCCUUUGGUGAGAUUUAAUCCAAGUAACAGUUUCUAAAGAAAAGGGGUGGGGAAAGGCGUAGGAGGAGAGGGUUUGCUGUGUUUUUUUUUUUUUUUUCCUUAUCAGCAGCAAGGCUCGUUUUCUUUCAGCAAAUUUGCCCAUUCAGCAAAAUUUGUCCAUUUUGAAACAGCCUGCAUGCUCAGUGAUGUCCAGUUUUCCUCUGAGAACUGCUGUUUUUCUGAGGCAUGGGCAAGGUCUGAAAGAGCAGAGAGAAAUAGGCAUGUGGGAGGACAGGAGCACAUGCUUGCCACUCUCACCCUGCUGCCUUGGCACUUGCUGCUCGUGGGACUGUCGAGCUCGCCUGGCAGCACGAGAAAUGAGACAGAGCUGAGUUGCGCAGUGAGACACAGCCAGGCAGAAGGGGAAGGUCUGACAAACCUCGAUUGUGUGAUUUCUCAUCCUGUUGCUUCAUUUUGUCAGCCACCAGGCCACAAAAGGUGGGGGAGAGGAAAUCAAGACAUAACAAUUUCGGCACAUAGCAGAGAUUUGUCAAAUAAUAAAUAACAUUAUUAGGGCUGUCUGCAGAGCUGUCUUGGGAUUAUUUGUGCCUCUCUGCCUGUAGCACUUUGUAAAAUAACCCGUAGGAAGACAAAAACAACAACUCGUUUCUUUGGGAAGUAUCGUUUGGUUUCCACAUGCAUCCAUCAGCUGCACCAAGAGAGAUUUUAGUAGCAAAUUUCAGCACUUGGCCUUUCUGCCCAAUUUCUUUGGUAUUUUAUUAACUGCUGGCUCUGCGUAAGGAUUUGGGUUUGUCCUUUUUCGUGUGCUUCUCCAAGAAAAUCCCAUCGCUGUUUGUGGGGUUUUAAAGGCAUACACAGUGCUGCUGGGGUGCACCACAUGGAGGUGAGAAUGGUGUUCCUGAGACACUGCAGUAACUGCCAGAUACUGGAGCAGUCUUCAGAAUGCUCUUCAGAGGGACCCGUGGAAAAUGAACUGUUCUUAAACCAGACUGCAUCUGUAAAUAGGGCACCUACUCUCAGUUCCCUGAAUAAAUAAAUAAAUGAUCUUUUAUAUUUA